AACCGAGGAAUUCCAUCAUUGGCUCGUUCUCUGAGCCAAAGUAUCGCGCUGCUUGCGCUGCGCACCCGAAAAGUCAACGCUGUGUUUUUGUUCUAUCCUUGCUUUUUUGCCUGUUGAAACGGUCUUCCUUGACGAAAACUCUUAUUUACUUAUAACAAAAACUUUUUGCGACAUAGAAAGUAUCUCAUUUAGUACGGGAUCUCUAGAUUUUGCUUAGGAACACACGUAAACGCUAAAUGAACGAAGAGAAUAGAAAAACUGAGGGAGAACACGAGGAAGAGAAGGAGAACAAAUCUGCGGUUUCGUCGGCAGCGACCGUCUUGGAGAAUGAAAUAAAGGUCACGGUCGAUUUUGGUUCUGAUGUCGCUCCUUUGAGCCUGUAUGCUUCCCCUUAUGACAACUUUAAUGAUCUUCGUCAACAUGUUAUAGAAUUGAACAACGGUCUGUAUACCUGUUUCCGUCUCGAGUACAAUGGAACCAUCAUGAACCCUUUCCAGGAGCUCUCUGAGGCCAUCGACUGCGAAACCGUGAAGGAAAUUAGCCUCCGCGUCAUUCUGGACCACUACACGGAGCGUGAGUCGCUGUAUCAUGCGUUUCGACUCCUAGACAACAUCCGUUCAGGCUGCUCGCGACAAUCUCACAACGCAGAGCUCGGCGCCCUCAUGUCGGUGUAUCCUCAGCUGGUGCGCAACCAGUGCGGUGAUGUUGAUGCUUCGAGGAACACCUCGCACGCACAGUUCAAAGACUUUUCCGGCGAACAGUUAUCGUUGCAGUACUACGUGAAGCUUUUUGAGGAUGCUGCACAGGCCUCCGAGGAAAUCGACUGUUUGCAGGAUUUCGGCCUGUCUGCAUGGAACCCCGUCCCUCCAUACUGGGCCCUGCAGGGUCACUUGUUUUACCUUCGAGUCACCGUCCUUGAAGGUCAGCAAUUCCACAUCACCUCUCGCUACGAUGGCUACUGUGUGAACCAAAGCUCCAACACAAAGUUCGAUCCUUCACCAAAUCCAAAGUACGCGCUUCACCAUUCCCUGUCUGCUUUACUGUCCUCCCUUUCCCCCAAGUUCCAAGCGGGUCUCGCUGAUUUGCUGAAAAGUUCAGGCGAAUUAGACCAAACACUUAAGUUGCAGGUCAGUAAGGUGCUCCAACAACCAACGUGGAUUAACACACAUUCUGUUUAUACUGCGGAUAUUACUCGGACGCAAUCCAUUGUGUGUAACCCCUUCUUGGAAAACAAGAGCAAUCUGCGUGACUGGAAUGAUGAAAUUCAAUCUGUGCGUGAAAUGCCCUACGCCAAUUUGCAAGAGCGCGUGCUUCGUGAACGUUUGUUGCAGAAGACACUGAACGAGUUUACGGAAAGUGCUAUGGCCGGUGCCAUCGAAGUCGUAAACGGGAACGUUCCUGCACUGAAUCCCACAGAACCGCUUGCCUCGCAAAUGUAUAUUCACAACAACAUUUUCUUCUCCUAUGGCAUGGACAGUAUCGGCAUCUUCGAUAAAACAGGCGGCAACGAGGCUUCUCGGCAUGCAGUGGGAAAGGACGUCGCAUACAUCCGUCUGCUCACUCAAUCUGACCGUUGUCCCAUUUCGUUACUCGGCACUUGCCUCAUUGAUUUCGCGGGUCAUCGUAUUGUUGCACAGACCUUAAUUCCCGGUAUUUUCCGCCAACAAGACGAAGGUGCUACGCAAGUCGUGUAUGGAAAAGUGGAUGGUGAAGAUACGUUCGUAUUUGACAAGAAGCUCGAUCCCCUGCUCAAGGAGGUUUCUGCCAUACUUCACUUAAAAAAGCAUCCUGUCGUUGGAAACGAUGGCAAGACAAUUUCCAUGUUCACGAGUAUGGAUGCCAAGGGACUGAAGGGAACCGACGGUCGCUCUUACUUGCUCGAUUUGUACAGUUUAUUCCCCCUAGACAUUGGUUUCUUGGAGGAAAUAGCUAAUGAUGACAGCAAGCUCCCCGCUUAUCCCCAUACCCUUGCCUACCUUCGUCCCGAACUUAUUCAGUCUAUUUGGGAAACCAAACUGAAAAAUUACGCUGAAGCCAAAGCUGCAAAGCUUAAAGAGUCGGUUCCUAAGGAUGAGUUGGAAAAAAUUCCUGACAUUAGUCUAAACGAUUUUGACUACACAUUGAAUCCCGAUGUUUUCCGUUCGGAUUACAAAGUUCCAAAGGAUUAUGAACAAACUUUAAAGAAGGACGAAGAAGCUGUUAAAGCCGUUUCUGAGUUGCUUCGUAAUGAUAUAAUUCCAUCUUUUGUGAAAACUGUUUGCACUGAUGAAUCCGCUAUGCCCGUUGAUGGCAUUGCUUUGGCAAGAAUGAUGCACAAGCGAGGCAUCAACAUGCGGUAUUUGGGUAAGGUAGCCGAAUUGGCAGCAAGCCAAUACGGAAACGAUCAUCCACUCGUGUAUCUGGCUGAGCUUGAAAUGCUUGCCCGUGCAGUCAAGCAUGUGUUUAGCAAUAAUAUUGCUAAACACAGCUUUUACAAUCGCGCUUCCUCCGUCGCAUACCUCCUUUGUUGCAUAUUUUCAGAGGAUGAAGCCUUUAAAGACAGUCCUGUUUAUAAAGAGUAUCUGCAAAAGAUACCUUCAGAAAGUUUCCAAACUCCCACUCAAGUUAAAGAGUCGGUUGCCCAAAAUGUUGCAUCCCGUUUCCGCUACCGCAUUCACAAUUCCGCAAAGUUCGUUAAGAGUCCUCCACUGCUAAGAAAUAUUUGCUUGAAAUUGGGCAUUCAACUUCUUUGUCGGGACUACUUCUGCGAGCCCUUCGUUCCUGCAGCCUUACAGCCUGCGACUGCCGGAGACAAGAAAAGUAAGAAGAAGAAGGCCACGAAGAAGAAACCUUCCCAAACGACAUUCGAGCCAGUCCUUUUCUACCCUACCGAUAUUCUUAACAUUCUGCCCCUUAUCAAGACAUGCACACCUUGCAGCACACUCGCGCGUGAGGCUUUUGACGCCUGCAAACUAAGCAUUGCGCAAAAAGACAAGAAUGUUUCUUUGAGUCUACUUUCAGAAUCGCUCAUGCUUCACGAGCAAAUAUACGGAAUUCUGCACGCAGAGGUUGCAAGGGCGUAUUGUCAAGUUGCUUUAUUGUUCUAUCAAUUGGAGGAUAAAGAGCAGGCUCUCAACCUUGCUAGAAAAGCAGUUCUUGUCUGUGAAAGGGUGCUUGGUUUCGAUUCGGCUGAAACUAUUCUUGGCUAUAUGAACUUGUCGCUGUACGAGUUCUCGUCCGGAAACAUUGCAAUUGCCUUAGCUUUCUGUGUUCACGCUUUGAAACUCUGGCGCUGCAUAUUUGGACCGGAACACCCCGAUAUGAUUACCUCGUUCAACAACGUUGCUGUGAUGGUACAGAGAAUGAACAACUUCGUCGACAGUCAAAAAUGGUUUCAAGCAUCAGUUGAUUUGUCGAAGAAAUUCUUCGGUAACACUCUGAAUACUGCCUCAUUGUAUUUCCAGCUUGCACAAUCCAUGGCUUUUAACGAUGAAAGCCGUAAUGCCCUGAAGGCCAUUCGGAUUGCUUACGAUAUUUACAAAGAAGAGCUUGGUGAAGACCACGCAACAACCAAAGAAGCCGAAGAGUGGCUUUCUAAAUUUACGGCCAACGCCGUAUACCAUGCCAAGCAUCUCAAAAUCCAACAACUCCAGCCUCAUGGAGAGGCGUCAGCUCUUCGCACUCACCGAUUUAGUUCAUAGAUAGACGAUGUAUAAACAAGACCAAUUCAAUCAAACCUAUUCCAG